UUGUGCUUUCACUUCAAAGGCCUUUACGAUGACGGCAGCAAGCGUCUUCCAUCGCCAGAGCAAUAUCUCGAUCUCGCGAUGAUGGUGUCGAAAGAACGUCCGGUUCUUCCGCGAGAACAUGUUUUUCGGCUUCUGCCACCCCAUGAGGGGUCGUCCGGCUUGGCUCAAGAAACUCCAGGUGAGGCAGUGGGGUGUGGGAGUCCGAUUCAAGACGCUGGGGGUCGGGUCAAGGGGCGCGCGCGCAGCGUUCACACACUGGUCGGCCAGGAUGCUCCUGGGAACACGUCGGAUUUGCAUUCUCAGGCUACAGGGACUCAACGGGUCGGUACUCCGAAACUCAUCAAGGUCCGUUGCGGCGGCGACACGUAUUCGCUUCGAGAUGAGACGAGAAGAGAAUCCAGCAGAUCGGGGCAAGAUGUCAGAGGGAAUGAGGCUGAAGGGAUGGGCGCUGUCCGCGAAAGCUCUGGCGGGGAGCAGACUUUUUCGGAGAAGAAGCGCGAGCGACAGAGGAUGGUGCGAGAGGAGGUGGCGGAAGGAACCCUCCGCAUGAAGAGGAUGAGAGGAAAAUCGGAGGCGGUGAUGGGGGGGGAUGGAAGUGACGUUGGAGAACGACAAGUCGUGGGUGGAGGAGAUUCGACUGAUCCAGGCGCUGCGGCCGCGAGAGAACCUUCAGGGAAAUUGAAACGGAAAGUGGCAGCUGAAGAAGGCGAUGGCCAGACGAAACCUCGAAGGCGGAAGACUGCUGAGGCGGCGAGUGGGGGCGAACGGCCUGUCGGUGAUGAGUGCGACGAAGCGGCAACAUUCUGGCUCGAAUACGAGCGGAACGAUGGCGGUGAAAUCGUGGAGAAGGAGCUCCCCGUCCAACUGCUCAUCGACCACAGGAAGGUCUGCGACAUCCCGUCUUGGGAAAGAUAUUACAACCACCGCAAUCUAAAUCGCAAAACCGUGGACGACAUCAAGGCUGCGAUGCUGAGUCAAUUCCGCGAGAAAAGGGGGAAGAUCUGGACGAAAAACCCUUUGGUUCUGGCACCCAUCUACAAGCCGGUGACGCGUAGGCCGGAGAAAGCUGACAGGGUUCACAAAGAUGUCUUCAAGCUAGAGGACAAGGACAAGCACUACUAUUACCCUGUUACCAGUCAACACACCGUGACUGCUGUGAAGGAGUUGGAGGGUGAGCCAAUAUUCGAUUUGUGGAAGAUGCACUCGUGGCCGGCGAGAGUAGUGUGGGUCUCCGACCAAGAUUUCGCGGGCUAUAGGCAGUGGAUGCCCCUCGUGACGGCCGGUGAUGACGUUUUCCGCAAAGCCAUGGAGUUCUACGCGAAAUGGGCGGAGGGGAAGUUGUUGGGUGGCGACGGCAAGACUCCAUUGUCGAGGCCGGACAAAUACAUGCCAGACAAAUCUCCGGGUCUACAAGCAAUUCCGGAAAUGGGCUCGAAAGGGGCGGCUGGUGAAACGAAGAUGGGGUGGCUGGUCCGGGUCCCGCCGCCUCCGACCAAAAAGAAAACGCAAGCGGACGACAAGUUUUUCGUGGUCGUGAAGGAGCCAAACAUGUUCUGUUGGCAGUGUCUCGCCGACAUGACUGAUGUCGAGAAACUGUCGAUCCUUGACGACAUUCUCGCGCUAAGGGGAGUGUUCGUGCAAUCCGCGGGCGGCCAUCUGCACUCGUGGUUAAUGGACCCCGGAAAAUUCGCCGAACCUAGCAGCGAAGCUUGUUCGCGAAAGGAUACCGAAUUCGCUAAAACAAGUUAGCGAAAUCAGUGUUUAGGUUUGGCGAAGACAAAAUGGUUGUUUAUAACUUCGGGUUUUGUGAACACCGAAAAGUGGUUUCGAGAUUUAACUUACUAG